AUGUCUACAUGCAACCCGUGCGCCAUGCCAAUCGAAGCUCGCUCCAAGUUGGUUGCUGCAGCUAGCGCCUCGGUCUCCAACCCGACACUCUACCACAGUCUUGCAGGUGCUCUCCAAUACCUCACCUUCACCAACCCCGACAUCACGCAUGCUGUACAGCAGGUUUGUCUCCACAUGCACGAUCCGCGAGAACACUUCCUGUUGAUCAAGUGCAUCCUGCGGUACAUCAAGGGAACAAUCAGCCACGGCCCGCAGCUCUCUCGCAGCUCCUCCCACGACCUCAUCGUCUACAACGCAGACUGGGCGGGCUGCCCCAACACUCGCAAGUCUACUUCAGGCAUUGCAUCAUCGUCGGCGACAACUUGA